AGAGAAGGAGGAGGGGUGUAGACAGAGAGUGAGAGAGAAGCCUGGCAGUCUCUCAGAUCUUGGCUGUGGUAAGGACACCCAGGAGAAGUGCAUUCCUGAGGCAGCAAGCAAGGCGAAGGCAGUAAGAUACAGCGGAGGAGUCGCGACAUCCUUUUAAAUCUCUCCGCGAACACGUCCGGCUGCCUCUGACCUCCGGACUCUGGACUCGCACGCUUCUCUCUCACACACAGCCACACACUCGCUGCCUCGCACACCAGCCGCACAACCGGCUCUGCUGCUCUGCCAGAAGUAAAGGAUUUCCCCGAGUAAGGCAAAGAGACAGAAAAUCAGUAAACAGACAGAGGACAUAAAGACAAAGAACAGAAGGAGGAGAUCCUCUCACUUGAAUCAGUGCCAUGUGGUGUUGAGUUGAGUGAAGCCAAGCUGAAGUGAUCUGUUUUGAAGCCCAUCUUACCCCUCACCCUGUCCUGCUCGGUCCCAGAUGGAGCUCAAAGUGUGGGUGGACGGAGUGGUGCGGGUCGUGUGCGGCCUGUCUGAGGAGACGUCCUGCCAGGAUGUAGUCAUCGCUCUGGCCCAGGCCAUUGGUCAGACAGGCCGUUAUGUUCUGAUCCAGCGUCUUAGAGAUACAGAGAGGCAACUGUUGGCCACAGAGAAGCCUCUGGAGUCUCUGGCUAAGUUAGGCCAACAUGGCAGUGAAGUUCAGUUCUUCCUGCGCCGCACUGGCCCUAGCAGCAGUGAUGGACCCAACUCAAAACAGGACAGACCAACUCCACCCCCGCUGCCCAAGCAUCCUGAGCCAGAGCCUUCAAAACGCAGCCAACCUAAGAAAGCACUCACCUUUAACUUGGGGCCAUCCACCUCUCCUAAAACCAAAGCCAAACAGUUAAAGAGGUCUCCUCGGGACUCUCCAGAGCAAAGAACCUCCCCCUCCCCUUCCCCCAGCCCCGUAUCCCCUCACGUGCCAUCCCCAUCUCCAUCACCACCUAUAGGCCCAUCCAAAGAGGAGGUCUUUAGGAAGGUUCUUCAACAACAGGAGAGACUGAGGGCUAUGGAGGCCCAGCUAGAAGCCCUAGAGAGGGAGUCACAUACCUGGGAGCGUCCCUACCCAUCUCCAUGUCCCUCACCAGUUUCUGACGCUCGCUUGCAAGAAGAGUUGGACGCUCUGGAGAUAGCGAUGCGUAGGAACCAGGCAGAGCUUGCCCACGAGCAGUACUGGGAGGAAGAGCUUCAGGCAGAGGUGGAGCGAGAGCGAGGAAUGAGGAGGAAACUGGGGGAGCUCCACGCCAAGCUCGACGACUGUGGACGGCGGCUCCACGAGUUCUCCAUUCGCUCCGCUCAGCUGGAGCAAGAGAUCCAGCGGGAAAGCCAGACUGAAGGGAAAGCCGCAAGCAGACCAGAGGAAUCCCUCGAUGCCGUGAAGGUGGAGCUCCAGAGCCGGGAGGCUCACGGGACAGAACUGGAGGAGCAGCUAUCUGAGACUGAAAAGGCUCUGGGGAAGGCAGAGUCUCUGCUGCAGGCCAAACAGGAGGAGCUGGAGGAGCUGAAUAAGGAGCUGAGGCAGUGUAACCUGCAGCAGUUUAUCCAACAGACAGGUGUCCUGCCGGCACAUACCCACUCACGCACAGAGCUUCAGGAGCAGCUGGAGCAGUUAGAGCUGGGACAUCUCCUGCAGGAUGGAUACAGGAAUGGAAGCCCCGGUGUAACCCAACUGGAAUCCCCGCCUCGCCCCACUGCCAAACAGUUCCUGGGACAUCCACGCAACCUGCAAAACCCUCUAGUGUCCAGUCUCAACCCUGAGGUCCUGACAUCCCGAGAGUCGUCAUGGAGAUAAAACACGGACCGCAGGGCCAAAGGAAAGUUGUUCACUGUUCUGUCACCGUCACCUCUAAUUUAACCCCCUUUCUUUGUAACUCAUUAUUUAAUCGACCAUGAUAUACAUACUGUAUAUACAUAAAACAAAUAUAUUUACAGAGUUUUGCUACUGUAAACACUGCAAAGUAUCUGUAUGAAAUGUAAAAUAAUUUAGAAACCUUUUACCUAGAGCAAUUAUUACUGUGUAUUUAAAUAUAAUAAACAUGUGCAUUGUGUUUUAGAUAA